AUGAGGCAAACGAGGCAGACAUUUGUUAAGGACUUUUCUUUCUCAAUCUAUUGGAUUCACCCUGCCAAUCGAAUAUCCUUCAACGAGUGCAUCUGCCGCCAUGCUGUCCAAUCAAGGUUCGGUUCAAAGGACUAUGCAGCUGGUCAUGAACAACAAACCACGACGACAUAUUACAGUUUAUUCCUUAUGCUAAAGCUAGCAGUUUUUCUUGACUUAGAAGAUCAAAACUUAGUCCCUUCCUCCAUUAAAAACAUUCCGAAUCACUCGCUCAACACUCAUGAGCAAUUAAGUCUUUACUACCAAGCAAAGCUUUGA